GGUAUCGAUAAACCAAGUGUCUAUCAUGCUGCCAUUAUAAUAUUUUUAGAAUUUUUCUCCUGGGGGUUGCUGACAUCGCCGUUAAUUAAGCUACUGGCUGAAACAUUUCCUAAAUAUACAUUUCUCAUCAAUGGAAUUAUUCAAGGCAUCAAGGGAAUACUAUCAUUCUUUAGUUCUCCUCUAAUUGGUAGUCUGUCGGAUUCAGUAGGGAGGAAACCUUUUUUAUUACUAACGGUUUUUUGUACGUGCAUCCCAAUACCUGUUAUGUGGUUUGAUGCGUUGUCUUACUUUGUGGUCUUUACACUCUCUGGUAUGUUCUCUGUAACUUAUUCUAUUGUAUUUGCCUAUGUUGCUGAUAUAUCUCCUACUGAAGAAAGGAGCUCUUCAUAUGGCUUGGUUUCAGCAACUUUUGCUGCCAGUUUGAUUAUCAGCCCGGCACUUGGUACCUAUAUAAGUGAUAAAUACAGCGACGAUGUGGUUGUCUUCAUAGCAACUGCUAUCUCUUUCCUAGAUGUUUUAUUUAUAUUAGUUAUGGUACCGGAAUCUCUAUCAUCGGAACUAACAACUGAAAUAUCAUGGAAGAAGGCUGAUCCAUUUGCGUCCUUGAAGGUCGCUGCAAAAGAUCCUAAACUGUUAUUCAUGUGCGUUAUGGUAUUUCUAUCGUAUUUACCAGAAGCUGGUGAAUACUCGUGUAUCUUCUUGUACUUACGCCAGGUUAUUGGACUUCCUUCUUCACAAGUAGCAAUUUUAGUAGGUGUUACCGGUAUUAUGUCAGUAAUAGCCCAAACAUGGCUGAUGUCGAUAUUUUCGAAUACUUUUGGUAUUUACAAUACAGUCAUAAUCGGAAUGAUAUGUCAAAUAAUCCAAUUAUUGUUGUAUGGCCUGAGUAUACAGCCCAAACUUAUGUGGAUAGCUUGCAUAUUUGCCGCAAUAUCAUCCAUAACUUACCCUACUCUAAACGCUAUUAUUUCUGUAGAUGCUGAUAAAAGUAGACAAGGUGUGGUACAAGGUAUGGUAACUGGUGUUAGAGGUUUAUGCAGUGGUUUAGGACCAGCAUACUAUGGUUUAAUUUUCUACGCUUACCAUGUUAACAUUGCAAGUCAAGAUGUAUCACAUAAUCAGCUUGGACCACACAAGACCCCAAAUGUGAAUGAUACUCCUUCAUUACCUGGGCCUCCGUUCGUAUUUAGUACUGUAAUGGUGCUAAUCGCGUUACUAAUGAUGGUAAGGCGAGCUGGGAAGAAUAGAUUAGUGCAAGUUCCUCUCUAA